AGGAUGAACGUUUCGCAGGUUUCAUAUUUCACUCUGAGCGCCUACUUUGACAUCGGCCUGUUUAAGUACGUCGUUUUCCUGGUUAUCAUGUGUGUUUAUAUGUUCAUUAUCGGCUCCAACGUCCUGCUGAUCGCGGUGAUCUGUGUGAACCGGACCUUACAUGAACCCAUGUUCCUGUUCCUCUGCAGCCUGUUUGUGAACGAACUGUACGGCAGCUCAUCAUUGUUUCCCUUCCUGCUGGUCCAGAUCCUCUCGGACGUUCACUCCGUUUCUGUUCCUCUCUGCUUCCUGCAGAUCUUCUGUCUCUACAUGUACGCGAACGUUGAGUUUUAUACCCUAGCCGUCAUGUCUUAUGACCGAUAUCUGGCCAUCUGCCACCCUCUGCACUACAGCACACAGAUGCAGAUGAGCAAAGUCAGCAGGCUGGUUGUGUUUUCUUGGUUCAUUCCUCUGCUGAACAUAAUUGUGAUGAUUUCACUGAACGCGUCCUCUGGGUUGUGUGGAAACAUAAUCGAUAAAGUUUUCUGUGUUAAUUAUUAUGUGACAAAGUUGCUGUGCAGCGGCGCGACGGCCAGUAACGUCUACGGACUGGUCUACACCUGCUCUGUGCUGCCCAGCCUCGCCGCGCUCAUCCUCUACACCUACGUGAAGAUCCUGAAAGUUUGUUUUUCUGGAUCCAAACAGACGCGUCAGAAAGCGAUCAGCACCUGCAUGCCUCACCUGGCGUCAGUCCUCAACUUCUUCUUUUGUUCUUUCUUUGAGAUUCUGCAGAGUAGGUUUGACUUGAGCAGACUCCCUGCUGUCCUGCGUAUUGUUUUAUCUCUGUACUUUGUCACCUGUCAGCCAUUUUUUAACCCGCUUGUUUACGGGUUAAAACUGGGGAAAAUACGCCUGGCUUGUAAAGCUCUCUUCUUUCAUCGUAGAAAACCUGCUUAA